GGCAGAGAAGAGAGCGCUUCAGACUGUCCGCGCUGCUGCUGCUGCUAGGACUGCUGCUCAUAGGGGAUCAUAUAUUUUCGAAAAACACAAGUCGGAUAAAGAGGAACAGUCUAUCCCAACUUGCUACCCGAGUCUGCUUUGACAUUAUCCCUCGUAAAAAGGACUGCGGGGAGAUGGAGAGUGAAAUUAGGGGUGACAUCUUGAAGAGGACCGGAAGACCUGAAGAGUAUAAUUCUCUGUAAAGAAACCAGCAAGGUCAGGUUUUGCCGUUACCUUCAGCACUUUAUGGGGGCCCUCUCACUGCCUGAACCAUCCAGAAUAAUUCUGGAACAGAAUAAAAUCUGAGCCAAUGGAGUCCCAUGAAGGAUACUGUUCCCUAAUACUGGAAUGGAGUGAAAAGAGAGGGCCACUGGACCAUACACAGCUCUAGGGUCCUGGACCUGGAGAGACGCUUGUAAUCUGUGGAUCUGUAGACCUGAGUAUCCGAAUGACCUGCAUUUCUUUGAAAUCCAUUUUAAUUAGAAAUUACAAAAUAAAGAUAUUUUGAUAGAUAAUAACUAUGAAUUUUAGUGUCAAUCAGCUCCAAUAGUUUGGAGAUAGUAGUGAGAUACCCAAGGUUUUCAGUAAGAUUUUAACCUUGUUUUACCAGUUACAGCCCAAAUUGACCUUGAUAAUGAUACCAAGGCCAUUUCAAUGGUUUUAGGUCCCAUGAUCUUCUACUCAAAGGAGCUUGUCCAUUGCAGGAUUUCCCAAAUUAAUGUGUUGGAAUAAUCCAAAAAUUACCAAGUAUGGAUUGAAAUUGUCAAUUUGAAUUCUCAGGGUGUUUUGUAUCAAUAUCAAGCCCACCCCCUUCAACGCCAUACUUGUUGAUGGAUUGUGGAGCUGCCGUCAACAACGUGAAACUGUGCUACCCAUAAAACAUAUGGGAAAGCUAGUCUUGGAAAUCUUGAAUGCAGUUUUCCCUUGUACAGUAACAAAAAACAUCUCUGUUACCAGAAUGGAUUUGAUACCAGUGUAGACAGACAGCGGAGAUAAGUCAGGAAAAGCUCAAUGGCGAAGAUCACAUGGGAAAGAUAAGUCUGAUUGAAAAUGAUUUGCCAAGUUUCUUCUGCAAAGAGAAAAAACAUUCUGCAGCCUUUCUAAAUUCAUCGAGUCAUGGCGUGUCAUGACAUGCCCUGCAUCCUGAGACUGAACUAUUUAAGACAAUUGAACGCUCAAGAAUCUUGUGAAUUAAUCCAAGAGUCCUAGAACAGAAAUCUUGGUUGGCCUUGGAGUGUUUUUUCUUCAAUAUUGCUGGUUUGAGGACUCUUUUCACCUCUUCGGUAAUCCCCGUCACAUGUCGAGCCAAUCAGGAUUUUCCAAAAUGGCUCCCUGUUGGAGACUGGGAGCUUGUAGCCUGAUGGCAGCCCUUUGGCUUUUGCAUUGCUGUAGUUGUGGAUGGUCAGAGACCACGAGGACUAGUGGCGUGGCCAAGGGUGAAACGAAGGAGCAGGAGCUCAUGUCCCGUGAACGAGUGAAGAGAGGAUGGGUGUGGAACCAGUUCUUUGUGGUGGAGGAGUACACGGGCACGGAACCACUCUACGUUGGAAAGAUACAAGAUGUGUUAGACUCAGUUAAAGCCACACUCUGUGAGAUGUGCAUGCCACCAAACAGUGGGCCACCAACAAAAAACAUCCACACAGAUUCGGACGAGGGCGAGGGGAACAUCAAGUACACUAUCUCCGGGGAAGGGGCGGGCACGAUCUUCAUCAUCGACGAGCUGACGGGUGACAUCCACGCCACUGAGCGAUUGGACCGCGAGGAGCAGAGCUACUACACCCUCAGAGCUCAGGCCCGGGACCGGCUCACCAACCACCUGCUGGAAUCCGAGUCAGAGUUUGUCAUAAAGGUCCAGGAUAUCAACGACAGUGAACCCAAGUUCCUGGAAGGGCCCUAUAUCGGGAGUGUGGCAGAGCUUUCACAAAUAGGAACAUCGGUGAUGAAGGUCACUGCGUCGGAUGCAGAUGAUCCUACGUAUGGGAGCAGUGCCAGGGUUGUGUACAGCGUACUGGAUGGAGAGAGUUUCUUCACAGUGGACAGACAGACGGGACUGAUUCGGACAGCCGUGGCAGAUCUGGACCGGGAGAAGCAGGAUCGCUACGAGCUGGUCGUCAAGGCAACCGACAUGGCAGGCCAAAUGGGCGGUCUCUCCGGCUCCACCACAGUGACCAUAGUUAUCACAGAUGUUAAUGACAACCCACCACGCUUUCCGCAGAAGAUGUACCAGUUUUCGGUGUCUGAGGGGGCAGCCGUGGGGACGCCGGUGGGGAGGGUGAUCGCCACGGACGCAGACAUGGGGGAGAACACAGACAUGAGCUACCUGAUCAAAGAUGAGGAGGGUGGGGAACUCUUCAAGGUCACCACCGACAGUGACACGCAAGAGGCCAUCAUCACCAUCAAAAAGGCAUUGGAUUUUGAGAGCAAGCGCACACACAACGUGGUGGUGGAGGCUGUCAACAAGCACGUAGACCCCCGCUUUUCUGAGCUGGGCUCGUUUCGGGACCAGACCAUCGUGCGGGUCAGCGUAACUGACACUGAUGAGCCGCCGGUCUUCCACCCUGCCGAGGGAGCCAUCUUGGAGGUCCAGGAGGAUGCCAGGCUAGGUGCGCUGGUGGGCACUGUGACUGCCAAGGACCCGGACAUGGAGAACGCACCUGUCAGGUACUCUAUUGACUGGAGUACGGACCAGGAGCAGAUCUUCCACAUUGACCCAGUGUCGGGUGCCAUCACGCUGGGCAAUAUUCUGGACCGAGAGACGGCUGGCUGGCACAACAUCACUGUGACGGCAGUGGAAGCAGAUAACGUGUCCCAGAUAUCCCAUUCGUCAGUGAGCAUUCGUAUCCUGGAUGUGAAUGAUAACCCUCCUGAACUGGCCACGCCCUACGAGGCAUCUAUCUGUGAGGAUGCCAAGCCGGGUCAGCUCAUUCACACCAUCAGUGUGGUGGAUCGGGACGAGCCGCAGUCGGGCCACCGAUUCUACUUCACCCUGGCACCAGAGGCCACCAACAACCGCCACUUCACCCUGUGGGAUGUCAAAGACAACACUGCGGGAAUCCGGACCCAGCGCUCGGGCUUCAACCGCCACGAGCAGAACGUCUACCUGCUGCCUAUCCUGGUAGUGGAUAGCGGGCCUCCCGCCCUGAGCUCCACGGGCACCCUGACCAUCCACGUGUGUGGCUGUGACCCGGAGGGCGCCAUCCAGUCCUGCAAUGCCACCGCCUACGCCAUUAGCGCCUCACUCAGUCCCGGGGCCCUCAUAGCUCUACUGGUCUGCAUGCUCAUACUCAUAGUCCUGGUGCUGCUAAUCCUGACCCUGAAGCGCCACCGCAAGGGCCAGAGCAUGUCGGAGGACGAGGAGGACAUGCGCGACAACGUCAUCAAGUACAACGACGAGGGCGGCGGCGAGCAGGAUACGCAGGCCUACGACAUGAGUACCCUGCGCAACCUCUUUGACUUUCCAGAGGCCAAGAGUGGCUCGUCCGAGUCGGGCCCUGACCUACGCACGCUGCCCCAGUGGUUCCAGGGACGGAUGAGUGGUGACGGCGGGACGGCCGACUUCUCCCUCUUCAAGGGCUACAUCCUCAAGAAGGUGGAGCAGGCAGACGCCGACCUGUCGGUGCCGCCCUACGACUCAUUCCAGACGUACGCCUUCGAGGGAACCAGCUCUCCGGCCCUCUCCCUCAGCUCCAUCCACACCCUGUCCACCACAUCCGAGCAGGAUUUCUCCUACCUCAGCGACUGGGGGCCGCGCUUCAGGCAGCUGGCUGGAUACUACACCACGGGACAUCCUGAGGAAGACGGCUCUUAGCGGUGUCCUCGGCCCAGACCCUUUCUCCUCCUCCAUCCCCAGCACUGUAUCAAGAGCCCAGUGUCAAAACUGUCCUAAAAAGCCCUCGUCCAACUCCUUCAGAGCGACAGAACUGAAUCCCAGUCAGUGUUGGAAAUCAAUUUGGUCAAAAAAAAAAUCUUACUUCGAAAAGGUUGAAACUUCAUGGUGAAAGGUGGGCUGAUUAAAUGUGGGAUUAAAGGAGGUCUUAUCCAUUCACUAUUCCCUUUACAAUAAGGAACAAAGGAGUAUGACGUAAUACAAUAUAAGUGGUGCGCCACAGGUUACAAUACAAUUACCUUUUACAUUUGUCUCUGGGUAUUUUCUGCCUGGAGUCAAAGACUGUUCAAUUUUUAGCUGUGUGAGUGUGGACGCUCUGAGGACAUUCAGAGAAAUGUGAAUGUUAUGAAACUCAGCAGGGGGUUAAGGGUUUUUUCCAAGCCAAGGCAAACUAUCUGUGACAAAUAUGUAUUUAUUUAUGAACAAAUAUUUAUGUAUUUAUUCCUUUGUAUUGAUGUAUUUAUUUUGUCCAUAAUCACCUAACCACUUGUAACAAUGGACAUCAAUGAAGAAUGAUACAGAAAGAUUUAUUAAAGUGAAAACCUGAGGAGAGAUGAGCUUCUGUGUAAGCAUGUAGCAGAGGACUUCACAAAGGUGAUAUUUGGGUCACGGACAACUACAGUCUAGGAAAUAUUUGUAUUUAUUUUUUAGGAAAACUUUUGUAAAAUAAACAACAAGACUGGAAGACGGAGAGUGACUAAAAAGAAAAGGGUGAGACUUUCACUGGAUUGUAAAGAUUUCUAAGGGGUUAUGAAGGACGUUGGACAUUGUGUUAACUGGGUUUUUGCUUUGCUUUUUCACCGCCAUUUAAAAGGCAAUAAGGCACAAUCCGCACAAGCGAUUCAACACUAUACUGUAUGAAAUGACUGUGUUUGUUUCAUGGAGUUGGGUAUUUGCCAACUCUUCCUGAGAAGUUCAUGUUCAUUCCAGUAUUUGUAUGUGUGUGUCCAACUUGUUUUAUAUUUCGGAAGAUUUGAUUGCUUUUGUUCUUUUGAGUCUAUUUUACAGGGUGGAUGGAUAUGUGAAGGGGUGACCGGUACAGGAAUAAGGGAUGAGUAGAUGGAAUUCCUCCACCCGCUAUCCAGAACCUAUUUAAUGUUGAUCUUAAACUUGCAAAUGUAUGGAAAAUAAAAUCA